AUGGGCAUGACUGAGUCUUUUCCAAUUAAAGUGGGUCUGCAACAUAACACUAAGUCCUUUUAUUUUCAUGAAACCAAGGAGGAGGCCAAUAGUAAACUGGAAGAGUGGAAGGCAGCCUUAGAGGAACUGAAAGGUGAGCUAGAGGUGACUAUAGGGGGAGAAGUUGUGGCAUGUACAUCAAAGUUCAAAUAUUUGGGAUCUGUAACACAGAGUAAUGGGGAGAUUGAUAGAGAUGUUACUUAUCGUAUAAAAGCAGGUUGGCUCAAGAGGCGAGCAACAACCGGGGUGCUUUGUGAUAAAAAGUUUCCUAGUAGAUUAAAAGGAAAAUUCUACCGCGUUGCUAUUAGGCCAACUUUUUUAUAUGCGACAGAAUGUUGGCCCGUAAAGAAGGUCUUCGAACAGAGGAUGGACGUAACAACAAUGCGCUUUUGGGUAGUCGCAGGUUUCACUCUAAGUGAAGAUCUUUCUUGA